GUUUUCAUUUCAUGGCGUCAAAGCUGUUACGUGGGAAGGUGGUUCUUGAACGAAAAAAUUUAAGCGCGCGGUCUGCUUUGAAUGAUAACUUUUGAUAAAUUAAAGUUUGACGCAGUGUGAGUUAAUUCGAUACAAUGAUUGAAGAAUCUGAAAUAAAUGUUCUAGUAUCUAAUGUGUUGAGUGAAAAUCGGUAUAGCCAUUGCAGGUUAUGCCUAAAGGAUAUCCAAGACCAUUAUGUUCGUUUUCAAGAUUCUGUAUCGGUCGACUCUACGUGUUUUCAACCUCUAUCGGAUGUUUUGAAUAAUUUGUUAGGGCCUGAAGUCUGUGAAGAGAUAUCUGGGAUUGAUGCAGUAUGUAUGGCAUGUGUUGACAAAGCUCUCGAAUGCUUAAACUUUAUUGCAAGUUGUAAGAAAUCAACAGAAGUACUAAAAAAUGUGUUUAACAAUCUGAGCAGCAGUUUGAAUGUUGAUCUAAAUGCUGUCAAUGCAGAUCAGUCCCUGUACAUAGCAGUCACUGAACAAGAUUGCCAGCUUAUAUUGGUUAAAAAUGAUACUGGAAAGAAAAAGCCUUCAAAACCAAACAUAGUAACUGAUUCAUUUGUAUGUGAAAAAUGUAAUGAUACUUUGGAUGAUGAGAGUGACCUGACUGCACAUGAACAAAGUCAAGAUAAAUAUGAAUGCUCCGAAUGUGAUGAAUUUAGGUGCACAGAGGAUAGUUUGAAACAACACAGGGAUUCAGCACACGGAGUAUUUGUGUGCAAAGACUGUGGAAAGUCUUUCAAAAGUUUAGAUAAACUACAAGUGCAUGAACAAAAACAUGUAUCUAAGAGUGAGUGUCCCAAGUGUGGUAAGAGUUACAACACUAAAGGAUAUUUCUUAAAACAUGUCAAGUUAUGUCUUGAAGAUAGAUUAGAUCCACAUCCAAUAAGGAGUAAAAUUGUGAAGACAUAUUUUUGUGAAAAGUGUGGAAAAGGGUACAGUACUCCUGGAGGAUUGAGAGUCCACCAUAGGUUUGUUCAUGGCAAUGCAAAGCCACAUGUUUGUAAAUACUGCAAUAAGCAGUUUACUGCACCAAGUUAUCUGAAGGUUCAUAUGAUCAAACACACGGGUGAAAAGAACUUCAAGUGUUACCUGUGCAGUAGACUAUUUGUCUCCAAAGAGGCCUUGCUGUACCAUACUAGGAGGCACACUGGAGACAAGCCCUACAGUUGCACUUUAUGCGACGAGAGAUUUGUAAAUGCUUCUGCUAGAGCAGAACACAUAAAAUUCAAACAUGUUGGACCAACACUCAUGUGUGAGAUAUGCUCUCGCAAAUUCUUUACCCCUCACUUCUUGAAACAGCAUAUAAAGAAACAUCAUGAUCCUUCCAACAAGUUAUAUGCUGGAAGAAGUCUCAUCCCUCCUAAUGUCCCAGCUGUGGAGAAUAUGAGAGUGAGGUUCAGAGACAGCUUAAAAAAUGUAAUUGUCAAUCAAAUCUGAAUUUAUCAAUCAAUUAAUCCUUAUAAUCAAGCUUAUCAAGUGUUCUAUUGUAUCUUAGCUUAGGUAAGGUACAUAUAAUAUCUGGAAAAUAUAAGAGAAGUUAAGGCAACUGUCCCAGUGCUGGUGAGAGACCAACUAAUAUACUGUGAAUAAAAUAUGCUAAUAUUUAUAGUUAUUCACUUACACAUACUGUUGUGAAUUAAUUAUUAACAAACUCCAAAAUGACUAAACCAUCUUUUCUAGUCAUUCUCUUUCGCUCAGCACCAGUGGUGGGAUAACUGCCUAAGGUUUGCCAUUUAAAUCGCUACAGGGUUUUAAAUGAUUGCUACCUCUUAAUAUUAGUAAAAUAUUUUCUUGUUUUUAUUAAAUUUUGCUUGUGUGUAAUGGUAUUUUAAAAGUUAAUUCACUUAUUAAAUGAAAUAUACAAUAUUA